GCUGGACUGGCCGCCAUGCUCUCCACGUCUCGAGGUCUCGCCGUGACACCAGCUCAACCCAUGAUUGCCUCGACUUGCCUCUGCUCUGCUUAUUUAUCUCCCCCCCCACCCCCCAUCCUGGCCAAGCAGCCACACCGAUACACUCUGCCCCUCUAACAGCGAUCUAUCUUGCUCUCUCGAGCUCAUCAUCCUGUCGUCCUCAGCCCUUAUCGUUGUCCCCGCUCCCUAGCGCCAGCCACCAUGGCUGAGGAGACAAGCAGGCCUCUGCUGGACGAAGAGCCACAAGCUCCCUCGACACGUCGGUCAUCAACAUCCAUUGGCAAGGCUGCCUAUCGCCCGGAUACAGAACCUCAUCCGUAUGAGCUAUCUUCCGAGUCAACCCCUCUCCUCGUCCGUCGGGAUGAUGAUCUACUGGAAUACGGCGGGACCGCUCCCAGACGACCUUCUUCCGAACAACGUCGAGCCCUCUCACCCGAUGGAACACUGAAGAAACGACGAGGAAGCAUACGGUGGCCGGUGUUCUGCGCUCUUCUUUCAGUGGCUGCCGUGGUCGUGAUCCUCGUCUUCGCUUUCAUUGCCCCAGCUGCCGUGAAGGAGUAUGCUAAGGAAGCGAUGGUGUUCACGCCCACCAGUGUCUCCAUUGAAUCGGCAAAUGCGGAUGGCCUUCAAGCCCGGAUUCAGGGGGAUCUGGUACUCGAUGCACGUCGUAUAGAGCACAGACCUGUACGAGACAUUGGUCGUUUCGUCACCUGGAUCGGAAGGGAAGUUGAAACUGGUCAAUCAGAAGUCGAAGUAAUGCUUCCAGAGUACGGGAAUGUCCUCGUUGGCACAGCAUCAUUGCCCGCCAUCAAAGUAAACAUUCAGAACGGCCAUGUGAACCAUGUCGAUUUCCUGGCAGAGCUGGCUCCUGGGGAUUUUCAAGGCAUCCGCGCCGUGGCAUUGGACUGGUUAGAUGGAAGACUGAAGCAUCUGACAGUUACGGGAAGAACAACAGUCGACCUCAAGUCGGGCUUGCUGACCCUGGGCCAGCAGUUUCUCUCUGACUCUUUGACUUUCACAGAAGGCGACUUUCCUGCCUUACCCACUGUCAACAUCACCAACUUCAAUGUCCAUGACCCAGAAGAAGCUGGAAAGCAGGGCGCCAUGGCGGUUGAUGCCUCGGUCGCGGUUCAGUUUGAUUCGCCGGUUGGCCUGAGCAUCCCUCCCCUCGGGUUCGAGAUCUUGGUCCCCAAUUGCUCUCCGGGGGACCCGCAGAUUUUGGUAGCAGCUGCCACGACCCAAGAGUUCCCAGUUAUCCCUGGUGAGCCGACAUUAGUUGACGUCGCUGGAAUUGUCAGAGGCCUCUCUGAUGACUUGACUCGAACUUGCCCCGGGGAAAAGAGUUCCCCUCUCGAUUUCCUAGUCAAGAGUUACAUGCAGGGACUCGGCACCACCGUCUAUGUUCGUGGGGCGGACGCACCCUCCCUAGCUACCCCUGACUGGGUCGUGGACAUCCUCAAAAGCGUGACAGUGCCAUUGAGUUUCACUGGGCAUGCCCUUGAUAACCUUGUUCGGAACUUCACAAUGUCGGACGUGCACUUUACCCUGCCUGAUCCCUUUGCGGAUCCCGAUUCUCCCGAGUCACAGCCGACGGUGUCUGCACUGGUCAAGGUGUUGAUUGGGCUGCCAAAAGAACUGGGUCUUCAGUUGGAUGUUCCCAGAGUCCGCGCUACUGCUGAUGUGUAUUACAGUGGCAGUAAGCUUGGGAUCCUGGAUUUGCACCAAUGGCAGCCGGCCAACUCAACCAUGCUAGACGAUGUCGAUGGCUCGCCAGCGUUGUAUAUCGACUUUGGUAUCAAGAAAGCGCCACUUGAGGUGACGGAUGAGGAUGUCUUGACUGAUGUUCUUCAAGACUUGAUUUUUCAAGGAAAAAGAAUCAAGCUUGACGUUGCCGCUAGUGUUGAUGCGGAGGUCACCACGGGACUCGGCACUUUUACAGUCCGUGAGAUACCAGCACAGGGGGAAGUGGUAGUGAAGCCUCCUUAUGGUGGCUCAUUGGACCAGUUGACUCCACAUAUUGAAUCGGUGGAACUGGGGGCUACUACUGCUUCAUCUCUUCUUGUGAAGGCCCGGGUCAACGCCACCAAUCCCUCGCCAUAUUCGGCUUCGGUACCUUUGAUCGAUUUCCUGCUGCUCUUCAAUGGCUCGAAAGUGGCGCAUAUAACUGCGAAAGACGUGACCAUCGUUCCCGGCGUCAAUGACGGCAUUGCGGUGGACCUUCUAUGGAGCCCGCUUGCUUUGGAUGGUUCGACUGGUGUCACUGCUGGUCGCGAGUUGCUCUCCAACUAUAUUUCAGGAUAUAAUACUACUGUCACGAUCCAAACCCACGAAGGGACCAUCCCGGGACUGCCCAAGCUCGGGAAGGCACUGUCUAAGCUCGGGCUCGAGGUCCAGAUACCUCGGGUGCCCGUUCCCCGAGCCCCCGGUACCGGAGGCGACCCCGACGAUGGUUCGACGGGAUUUAUUCAAGGAGCUACGAUGCACCUCUGGUCAUCGACGGCCGAAUUUACUUUAUCCUCACCAUUCCCCAAUACAACCAUCCAUAUCACCUCGGUAUAUGCGAAAGCGUACUAUGAAGGGGACGAAGAGGUCGGCACCAUCGACUAUCGGGUCCCAUUCGCGGUGCCUCCGGGGAUCUCAGUCACUCCACGACUGCCUGUCGACCUGAACCUCGGCGGCAUUGGUUAUGACGCCUUGAAGAAAGCCCUAGGAGGCACUCUCGGACUGGACGCCGUGGCGCAAGUUGGCGUUCAGAUCCAACACUAUAGGGAUAUAGUGUUCUAUCAUGGCAAGGGGAUCACCGCACGAGUCAAACUUUAGCUACACCGCCCCCCUCCCUUUCACUCAAAUGCUUUCUUAAUUUCAUGCUUUGUAGCGGGCUCAUAUCGUCUCGUUCUAGUCGGGUUGGACUCGAAACGGCGUUAUGGUAUAGAACGGGCGUCCAAGGUUGAGUGGAAAAUUGAGCUGGUCUUGAUAAUUGGAAAUUGUACUAGAAUACUUGCUGGUCUAUUGCCGUUGUGUUCUUUAAUGCCAACAAAAUGGGAAUUGAUGGAAAUUGUCUAACCUUCCAUGGGAAGAGACUGGCCUGACGGCACCACUAUCAACGAUAAAGAUACGGCUAAUAAUAGUAUAGCCCCAAAUCUACG